CGCACGUGUGAGUGUAGUGAGGUGGAGAGAUGGCCGCGGAGAGGUUACAGUUUCAUGAAAUGGGCUUAGACGACCGUCUUUUAAAGGCGGUCGCAGACCUAGGUUGGUCCCAGCCCACUUUGAUCCAGGAAAGGGCCAUCCCUCUAGCUCUGGAAGGGAAAGACCUUUUGGCCAGAGCCCGGACUGGUUCAGGAAAAACCGCUGCUUAUGCUGUACCCAUCAUCCAGCGUAUCCUGGACUCUAAGCAGAGCGUUCGUGAGCAGGAUGUGAGAGCACUGAUCCUGGUACCAACCAAGGAGCUGGGUCAGCAGGUUCAGACCAUGAUACGGCAGUUAACAGCCUUCUGCUCAAGGGACGUCCGAGUUGCGGAUAUCUCUGCCAAGGCCGACCUGUCUGCACAAAGACCUAUCUUAAUGGAGAAACCUGAUGUGGUCGUUGGGACCCCAUCCCGUGUCCUGGCUCAUCUUAACGCCCAGAACCUGGUCCUGCAUUCAUCCCUCGAAAUGCUUGUUGUAGAUGAGGCCGACCUGCUCUUCUCUUUUGGCUUUGAAGCAGACCUGAAAAACUUGUUGUGUCAUUUGCCGAAGAUCUACCAGUCAUUCCUGAUGUCAGCCACCUUCACUGAGGAUGUUCAGACUUUAAAGGAGCUUCUGCUACACAAUCCGGUGAUUUUGAAGCUUCAGGGCUCUCAGCUUCCUGACAGCAGCCAGCUACAGCAAUAUAGCAUCAAAUGUGAGGAGGAGGACAAGUUCCUGCUCAUCUACACGCUGCUGAAACUGCGCCUCGUUCAGGGGAAGACACUGCUGUUUGUGGGAGAAGUGGACAGAUGCUACAGACUCAAACUGUUUCUGGAACAGUUUAGUAUUCCUGCCUGCGUACUGAACUCUGAACUGCCUGUACAGUCGAGGUGUCAUAUCAUCACCCAGUUUAACCAAGGCUUUUAUGACUACAUCAUUGCUACAGAUGAGCAGAGUUUGGCCGAUCCCACGGCUGCACCACAGACGCCUGCAGGCAAAGGGAAGAAGAAAAAGUCCACAGAGAAAGGGGGGAAAAAUAAGGACAAGGAGUACGGAGUUUCCAGGGGUGUGGACUUCCAAAAUGUUGCCAAUGUCAUCAACUUUGACUUUCCCACGACUGUAGAGUCCUAUAUUCAUCGAGUGGGAAGAACGGCAAGGGCAGACAACCCAGGCACGGCUCUGUCUUUCAUUGCACACACUGAGCUUGAUCUGCUGUCACAGGUGGAGGAGGCCCUCAUGGGAGACAAUUCAGACUGUGCUCUGAAACCUUAUCAGUUUAAAAUGGAGGAGAUCGAAGGCUUCCGGUACCGGUGUCGGGAUGCAAUGCGUUCAGUGACAAAGCAGGCAGUAAAGGAGGCCAGACUGAAGGAGAUCAAACAGGAGCUGCUCAAUUCAGAAAAACUAAAGACAUAUUUUGAGGACAACCCCAGAGAUCUGCAGCUGCUCAGACAUGACAAAGACCUGCAUCCGGCUGUCAUCAAACCCCACAUGAAGAACGUACCUGACUAUCUUGUUCCUGAAACGCUGAGAGGGAUCAUCAACCCCCUGUCAGGGAGGAGGAGGAAGAGGAGGGAAAAGCCCAAACCACAGGGUGUUGCCAAGCCCAGUUUCAAGAAAAAUGUCCAGGGGAAGAACCCACUGAAGAGUUUCCAUUAUACAGGAGGGAGAAACAGAAAAGCCAAAUGAAGCCGGUUAUCGCUGCAGCUGCAGAACACAUGAACGUUAUCAGUCCUGGAUGCAGAGUGAGACAUUCGCCUGGAGGACAAUUUGCUGUCUGGUUUUGGCUCAAGAAAAGUGAACUAAGGGAUUUUAUGAUCUGUUGAAGAUCAAUACGCCACUGAGAAAAUGGACUUUAGUCUCCUGAACCAUGUGAAAAAGACAGUGAACAUCAGUUUGAAACUGGACUCAAAUCCACAAGGAUGGACCACAUUACAAGAGGAGCUGAGGACCUGUUUCUAAUACAACCUUUAUGAAUAAAAAGAAAAUUGGUAUUCAGUCUUUUUUAGAUUUUGUGUGUUUAAUUGGUGAAUGUAAACUGUCAACAAUAGCAAAGGUGGUACAUCACAAGUUAGCAACAAUCCUUGGAAUUUAGGAUUUCUAGAAACAUCGACAUCCUUGGAAUCUGGACUAGUGACAUAAAAUAAAAAUAUGUAGGAAGUAAAAAAUCUUAAAUAAUUCUUCCAAUCUUUUCUUUUGGCUUUAGCGUCAGAAAUCAGUUAUCUGUUUUUCAUGAGUUAUUUUUUCAACAAAGUAGUUUUGAUGUGAUUUCUUGUCAGGUUGAAUUAUUCAGAAGUGCUUUGAGUUCUCCUUUAUAAUCCACAGUGACAAAGUUGUGUCCUAAUUUAAGUUUACACUCCCACCUUUUUAGUUUUAAGACCUUUCUUUGGAAAACCUGUCAUUGUGUUAUGCAUAAAAUGAAAACCUGAUCCCUCCACCUGCAGUUCAACAUGAGAAAAGUGAUCUUCGCUAUUUGUUCACAUCGCCGCGUGAUAUGACACAAGAUACUUAAGUUACGGAGGAGGAAAGAACAGACAAGGAAAUAGUGGGAUAAAAUUAGUAUCUGCUCAGUUUUUCAGCACUGACUCUUUCAGGAAUGAGGAAAUGUUAACUUUAUGACACUGAUAAUAAUCUCCAAAUUUUAGACUUGCUUAAAGUCUGAUUUAGUAAUUUCCUCCAUGGGUGAGAUCAUACUUACACCUUAGACCAUGCAUUUGGAGAUAGAGUUAAUUUAGUUGAAUACAUGACCUUGUUUGAAUGGAGAUAAAUGGACUUAUUUAUGUAAGUGUUUUUUUUUUUAAAUGGUAAGUUGCCAUCAGGACUUAUCCCUAGAUCACGAAUGAUUAGACACAAAACAACCUCCCAUGGACUGUUGACAUUUUGGAGUUUGCCCAAACUGUUUGUGCCUUCCUGAGAGCCUGCUAACUUUAUGUGGUGUUCUUCUUAUGAACACAGCUUGUUUUAACAGUA